AUCUGUUCAUAUACCAAGCAAAUAAAACCAAACCAAACUAAACCGGAAGUUUGUGUCUCUAUAAAGUCAUCGUUAGCUACUAAAAUGGAGUGUUGGGUUGUGAGUCAGAGUAAAUCAUGGGUAUAUCGGUCCUUGAUGUUGAUGAUGAUAAAUAUUCUAAUGGUCGGGCAAACACAAGGAGAUUGUAUAGUAGAGGAGAGAAAGGCGCUACUCGAAAUCAAGGCCUCCCAUAUGAAGUCAUAUGAUUCUGAAAUUGACGAUUUUCUCCCUACUUGGGUUGAUUAUGGCAGUAGUACCCCUGGGGAUGGUGGCAGCGAUUGUUGUGAUUGGGAGAGGGUCAACUGCAACACAACCACCGGGCAUGUCAUAGAGCUUUCUUUGUACAAUUUGAGAGGAAUGGUAGAUGAAAACAUGGAGCUUGGGAUCCAGUUGUGGCCAUUGAAUGUUUCCUUGUUUCUUCAUUUUAGAGAGUUGACAAGUCUCAAUCUAUCAUAUGAUUUUCUUGAUAAAUUAGAGAUUAUGAAGACAGGACUUGAAAGGUUGUCGAGUUUGAAAAAGUUGGAGAUACUAGACCUCAGUUUGAAUUAUGAUAUUGAUAACGACAUUCUUCCAUCAUUGAGUACACUCACUUCACUCAAAAUCUUGGAUCUAAGCCACACAGGCUUGAAUGGAAACUACCCUAUCAGUGCUUUAGAGAACUUGGAGGUGUUGUCUCUAAGCUUUUGUUACUUUAAUAUUACCUUUGAGAUUCAAGAAUUAGCUCAUCUGAUUAACUUAAAGAAGUUGGAUUUAAGUAAUACCUGGUACCUUGGCACACCCAAUAUCCAAGACUGUAAGAGCUUAUCAAGAAUGAAAAGGCUGGAGAGUAUAAAUCUUUCUGGUAACAGUUUCAACAAGAGCAUCAUAUCAUGCUUAACUGCCCUCCCAUCCCUCAAGAUUCUUGAUCUAUCCUAUUCAACUUCACUGGGAACUUCCUUUCCUGUCCAAGAGUUUAAUGAUUUGCGUGAUUUGGAAGUCCUCUUGAGACGUAAUGGUUUCAGUGGAACACUUCCAAUGGAAGCUUUUGCAUCUUUCCAUCAUCUUGAGAUCUUGGAUUUGAGUGAAAACAGUUUUGUUGGGAGCAUCCCAUCAACAAUACAGGGAUUAUCUUCCCUAAGAGUUCUCUCAUUCGCUGAAAAUAGUCUUAAUGGCUCAUUAUCUGAUGAUGGAUUCUGUGAGUCACAGAAUCUCCAGGAGUUGGAUCUUAGUAACAACAUGCUCCAUGGAAGUCUGCCUCAGUGUUUUGACAGUCUAACAUCUCUUAAGUUGUUGGAUAUUUCUUCAAACCAAUUCUCAGGGAUACUUCCACCAUCACUCAUUGCUAAUCUCACAUCUGUUGAGUACAUUGAUUUUAGUCAUAACAAUUUUGAAGGUUCAUUCUCUUUCAGCUCAUUCUCCAAUCAUAAAAAGCUUGAGGUAGUUCGAUUCAGAAGUGACAAUGACAUAUUUGAGGUGGAAACAGAGGAGCCUAUAGAUUGGAUUCCAAUGUUCCAGUUGAAAAUUCUUGAGCUAUCUAAUUGUAAUAUGAAAAUGCCUAAAGGACGUAUUAUUCCUGGGUUUCUACUUCACCAACACAAUUUACGACAAGUAGACAUGUCUCACAACUCCUUGGAGGGACAAUUACCAAAUUGGUUAAUUAGGAACAAUUCGAAUCUGGAAGUUCUUAUUCUACGUGAUAACUUGUUUGGUGGUAUGCCACUGCAUAUGAAUGCUAAUAUGAAGUGGUUGGAUGUGUCUCAAAAUCACAUGAUAGUUGGUGAAUUGAGUAAAUUAUGGGUACUAGAUUUAUCUGAGAAUGCGUUAUCUGGUGAAGUGCCAAAGGGAUUGUUUACAAACACCUCCAAAUUGGGUUUCUUAAAACUAUCAAACAACAAGUUGCAUGGCCAGAUACUCGCAGGAAAUUUAAGUUGGAGUACUCUCCAAUGGGUUUAUUUAGAUAGCAACCAUUUCACAGGGCAAAUUGGAAUUAAAAGCAAACAAAAAUUUGAAUCUCUGACUCUUCUGGAUAUAAGCAAUAACUUUUUUACAGGUUUGAUCCCGGAUUGGCUUACCAACAUGAGUAGCUUGUCUGAACUUGUGGUGAGAAAUAAUAGUUUGGAAGGCAGGUUUCCUUGCGGAGCAGCUUUUUUCUCAUUUCUUGAUAUCUCACAAAAUUCUUUUUCUGGGCCCAUCCCAUCCUGCUCAAAUUUGCAAUAUAUGGAGCAUCUUCAUUUGGGUUCCAACAGAUUCACUGGAUCAAUACCCAAUUUCUUUCGUAAUUUGACUAAUGUUUUGACUUUAGACAUCGGCAACAACUUGUCAGGCAGGAUUCCUAAAUUUCUUGGCGAACUAUCCAAUUUAAGGAUUCUUCUUUUGAGAAAAAAUAACUUUAACGGUUUUAUUCCGAGGCAGUUGUGUCAAUUAAGUAAUAUGAGUUUCAUAGACUUAUCCGCUAACUCAUUUUCUGGCUCAAUACCUAGCUGCCUACAUAAUAUUACCGGCCCAAGUGACCUUGUUUUCUUAAAAAGAAGCAAAUCAUUGUAUUCGUAUGAUUCCUCUUACCAUUAUGAGAGUAUUAUAUGGGGGUUGCGUACAAUCUUCCUUGGCGGUGAAGCCUUGGGAAUACAAGACGAAGUACAGUAUACAACGAAAAGUCUCUUUCUCCGCUACAAGGGUGGCAUCCUUGAUUACAUGACGGGAUUGGAUUUAUCUAAUAACAAACUUACAGGUGAAAUUCCAGAAGAAGUCGGGUUUUUAACCCAACUUCGUGCUUUAAACCUGUCUCACAAUCAACUAAUUGGACUCAUUCCAGUGAGCUUCUCAAAUCUUGCAAAGAUAGAGAGCUUGGACCUUUCUUCAAAUGGUUUGACCAACACAAUUCCAUCAGAACUCAUUAAGCUUACCUCCUUGUCUAUUUUCAAUGUUUCUCACAACAGUCUCUCAGGCAGACUCCCAGAAAUGAAGUCACAGUUUGGUACCUUCACGGAGGAGAGUUAUGAAGGUAAUCCACUUCUUUGUGGACCACCAUUGGAGAAGAAAUGCACCACAAAUCCACAAGUGACCAAUCCAUCAGCCGAAGAAGACCAUGAGAAAUGGUAUGAUAUUGAUAUGACAUAUUUCUAUGGAAGUUCUAGUUCGACAUGUUUUGUGUUCUUAUUGGGAUUUGUUGCAAUACUUUAUACCAAUCCUCGGUGGCGUAGAAGGUGGCUAGACUGGGUUGAAGAUUGUAUAUAUACAUGUUAUUACUUCCUUUAUGAUUUAGUAUGGAAGCCUUCUAUGAUCUUCUGUAGGUAG